CCGGAGCGGAAGUGGAUCGGUAUUGAGGCGGCGGUGUGUCGCUGGAGGGCUUCUCAGCAGCAGUUUUCGAAGGUGCAUCCUACCUCGAAUGCGUCGGCGGUGGCGCCUGCCGGACUAAACCAGUUUCAAGACUCGAACAUACGGGGCGUCUGUGGCCCUGCACAUGCCCGUGCUCGCCGGAGGGUGAGGAGCCCGCAGGCGUGAGGGUCGGAGACGCUGGACUUCCUGCACGCCGUGGGACCCAUCACUUCCUCUGUGGGGCAGCCACCAAAGAGCACAAUGAGCACGGUUCCUGAAAGCUGAGUGAAGCCAGGCUGCGAGGAAGGAGGACGAGUUAAAGGCAUGGAGCGGCCGAAAGACGAUGGCGGGGGGCACAUCACUGCAGUGACCAUGACAGGGCGCUCGGGGUCCAGCACCUGGACUUGGCCAGGGCCCAUGGCUGCUGCGGGACUUGCUCAGUGGGGACCGGAAGCCACACAGAGAAAGCGCCGUGGAGGGACAGUAAAUUCUAGACAAGCGCAGAAGCGAACUCGGGAAGCGGCCUCCACCCCUGAAAUGGCCUUGGAAGCAGAGCCUAUAGAACUCGUGGAAAGUGCUGGCGACGAAAUAGUGGACCUGACCUGUGAAUCCCUGGAGCCUGUGGUCGUCGACCUGACCCACAAUGACUCUGUCGUGAUCGUUGAUGAAAGGAGGCGGCCGACCAGGACCGCCAGGAGGCAGCGCCAGGAUCAAGCUGACAGCUGCGUGGUGAGCAGUGACGACGAGGAGUUGUCCAGGGACAGGGAUGUGUACGUGACCACUCAUACUCCCAGAACCACCAGGGAAGAGGCCGCUACAGGACUAAGGCCCUCGGGGACUGUCAGCUGUCCCAUCUGCAUGGACGGGUACUCAGAGAUUGUGCAGAAUGGACGUCUCAUUGUUUCUACAGAGUGUGGCCAUGUCUUCUGCAGCCAGUGCCUCCGCGAUUCCCUCAAAAACGCGAACACCUGCCCGACCUGCAGGAAAAAGAUCACCCACAAACGCUACCACCCCAUUUAUAUAUGAAGUGCUGAGGGCCACUCGGGAGGAGGGCACAUGGGGUGGCUCUCUUAGGCCUCGGCCCCAUUUCCCGAGCUCAGAAACACUUGUUUCAAAGCCAACGUCUGACACGUAAACUGCUCUUUUUUUCCCACCCCCUGGCAUCCUUGCGUGACCUCUGGUUGGACGCUGUGGAGCGAGCCAGGACCCUGCCAGGCCGGGGUCUGUGUCUUCGCACUGUUGGGUGGCCCAGGCCCAGGCCGGGAGCGCGAGUCAGACACAUUAGGACUGAGAAUCACGGUUCCAGCCUCUUCCCAGAAUCUGCACGAUUGCCAAGAAGUUUGCCCCGACUUCCUACUGGCAGUGUCCUCGCCGAGGGGCCUGGUCAGAGCACGAGCAGGUCCGCCCAGCUCUCCCGGGCGUGCUACCUCGUCCCAGGCGUCUGCCCGCCAGUGACCCAGCCCGACACGGUCCAGCGGCCUGAGGACCCCAUGUGUGAGUGGCCCUGGAAGGACCAACCACUGGACUUUUUUCCCUGAGAGUCAGAGGUGACCGUGACUCCACCAACACCUUCGCGGUGACGCACAGGGAUCUCUGCAGGGCAGUCCCCAUUUCUAAGGAGGACAUGUGCAAUAAAGCCAUUCUCGGCCUCCUUUCAGCAGCCCAGCAGAUGUAGCUGUCCGUCCUCUGGAGCAGUGCCUGUCCCGUCCACCACCUGUUCUCAGGACUCACCCGGCACCGGCCACCCAGGGUCCAUGGGGCAGGCAUGUGGCCGGGUCCUCCCUUCUGAUAAAAUGCGCCCUGUGUGCCACAUGCCCUCUGUCCUCAGUCCCACUGCCUGAUAGCCCCUCAGCGAAGACUAGAAGAAGGCGGCAGUAUUUGUGGCCUUAUCAGCCGCCAUGUCCACGCUGCUGCUGAAGUCCCAGCUGCCCAUGUCUCGAAGAGCUCGGCCCCUGCGACUGGCUGGCACGCUGGCCUUCCCACCCACCCUCCCAGCUGACACUCAUUUCGGAAGCUGCUCUCUGGCCGUUGGGCUUUUGACUCCUAGGUUCUGGUGGCCUCUCCUUGCCAAGGAGCCCAGAUACCGCCUUAGGUGUGACAGCCUCGGGUCUUCAGAGGCGCCAGCGUAGCCAAGCUGCCCCUCAGCACAGGGCUUGGGGUGACGUGGGGACAGGUCUGCGGUGCAACCCGCCUGCACCUCUGACUCCUCACAGGGCUCCAAGCCAAACCAGCAGCCUUUGCGAGAAACAUCUUCACGGCGGGAUGGGGCCGCGUCUGGCUUUGCAGCAAUAACUGGCCUUCAGAUUUCCUUCUGAAGGAGCAGGGACUCGGCACAGAUCACUUUAUAAACGCGGCUGAAGGAGUGUCCCUCCUCUGUUUCAUUCUGCAUCCUGACUCACGUCCAGUUAGAGUGAAGGUCAUUUGGUACUUGGAGCGGAGGGGGGGGCGGGCCACUGGGCGGCCGCCACUGGGCGACGUGUGUGGUGUCCGCCCUCCCACUGCUCCCUGCCGCUUCGUCCCUUCUGCGUUUCAUGGAGCACUCUUUUGUUACGUUUUGACAUUACCCCGACUUCAGGAGCCAAGAUGACCAUGCGGUCAGAAUCUCUUAUGUUUUAUGCCUAAGGACAAAUGGCUUAUCAUGAAAGUUGUAUUCAUACUAAAUUGGGUAAAAUGUGUAGUUUCUACUGUUCAGAAACUAAAAUCGGAAGAGGUUAGUAUGAAAAAACCCUCCCCCUCGAUGUACAUAGUCCAUCCAAAUCUUUGUCACAUUUAAACUGUCCAUGGAGUCAGUCUGUUUUGGAUCCUCUUCUAGUGAGUGUUACAGAUGGAAAUAAAACCAGUAAUUUGAA